CAGGUAUAUACCAACUGAAAGUAAGAGUAGUUUAUAUUAUGCUUCGAUUAUGUACUUUUGCGUUACUGUUACAUCAAUAAAUACCGAUGAUGUAAUUCGUAGUUGGAAAAGAAGGCCUCAGAAAUCGUUUUAUUCUAGCGGUAAGGAGGUAACCUAAAACUCAUCAUGGUUCACUGGAUUCUAUUUUUAAUUGCAAUGUUGCAAUUAUUUAUGAACCUUAAAUGUGACGAUAUAAUGCUUACAGAUCAUGUGUCCGAGGAACAAACGAUCGAUCCACAUUCAUUUUUCUAUGAUAAAAAUACUAAGACGAUGCUCUAUGAUUUUCCUACAGAUUCUGAAAUAGUACAAAUUAGAACCGAAAAUAUAAAAAUCAAGGAUGUUAAUAAAAAUGAACAUGCUUUGUCUAUUAGACAACCGAAAACAGAUCGCCCAUUUAAAAAUGAAAGCGAAAGGACGGAAUAUAAGUAUUUCAAAAGGUUGCUUAAUAUCCUGCUUGCAAAUGCUCAUUAUAGGGAAGAAGGUGAUAUAACACAUGGAACUAUUUAUUUACGCGCAUCCUAUGAUCAAUUGGAAAUAUUGGAAAAUUUUAUUAGAGGUAAGGCAUCUAUUAAAAAUGUUGAUGCAAUUUUGAAUGAUGUGUUCCCGAAGGAGCAUCGUUAUUGGUCUCCUGAAACAUUGUACGAUUUAAAAGAACUCGUAAAAUAUGCAUUUAGCUACGAAGCUGUAAUGGUACUAUGUGGUCUCUACUUGCUUUAUUUAUUUUGGAGGGGACAAACUGUUACAAAGUUAAUAAUGGUAUUUCUGGUUGUUGCAUUUUUCAUAAGCUACCAUAUUACUUGGCAACAACUUGUGAUGGAAGCUAAGAUUAAAUUAACUAUUCAACAAUCCAAAUACCAAAAUGCGCCUGAUAGUUGCUUUCCUCACAAGAUGAGUACGUUCCAAUGGCUUCGUCAAUAUUUUGUUGGUUCCUCUGAAUGCGAAGAAUAUUACACAAGUAUAAUGACGAAUCCAGUUGAGACAGUAACACCGAUUCAAGUGUUGACGCACCUUUGUUCUUCCAUCGUUCUGACUUCUGUUCCAGAAAUUGCUACUGCUUUUGGUCUUUUUGUAGAGAAUGCUACUGCACCUUUGCCAUGGCCAUUAUCAUGGAUUAUGAAAACGCUUCUAUAUAUCGGAAUCCCAUUAAUAUUUAUAUUCUUGGUACUGUGCCUAUCGGGUUAUGGAUUGAGUGUUAAAUUAGGACCUAUUCUUAAUAUUUCUUUCUCGAGGAAUCCACCACCAACCACCAUGCGUCAACCAAUUGAAAUUCUUCCCCAGGUUCCUAUAAAGAUUGAGCUUAAACUUGAUAGAACUUCUGAUAAUACAGAGGCCAGAGCUAUUACAGAUCUUGCCUCCGAUUACAAAAUGGUGAAACCAAAAAUUGAUCGGAAUAACAAGAGCAGUGUACAUACUAAUGAAAAGAGGAAUACAAAAGAUGGUAAUAGAUGUGCAAGUACAGCAGUCGAUGGUGUUCAUUUAUGUUCCACGUGUGCAUCAACGAUUUCAACACUUGAAGAUAUGUGUCCAAAUAAUAGUGUACAGCCUGUAGAAGAAAUAGGAAGUGGGGAUGCUUGAGAGUUUCUCUUUCCCACAUUUAACACGUGUAAAAUAUUUGCGAUUAUAACUGAAGUCAUUACAAACAAUCAUCAAACUUAAUCGCUUUUAACAAGACUGUGAUGUAAUUUAUGGUAACUUUUUCAUGAAGCAUUCGAAUUGUAACCUAGUUUUAAUCAAUAUAUCAAAGAAACCU